AUGUUUGUAGUGCCCCGGGACGCGCCAGAAUUCGACGUUUCGAUUGGAAAGUUAUAUACCACUCCUCAUUGCGACGAAGGGAUCCGAUACAUCAUUGUUGAAUUGAGAUUGGCCAAGGAUUUGCGCGCCAAGGGCAACUCAAACUUUACGGUCUUGGAGAGAAAGUUUUUUUACGAUGGUUCUAUGAUGAAUUUGACGAUGAUUUUGGGAGAUCGGCAUGAGGUGGCGUUGCGAAAUGAGUCCGAAAUUGAUUCGUUCCUAACUAAAAUUAAAGUAAGUUCAGAAGUUUUGGAAAUGCCAUCAGAGUUUUUUACAAUUUAUUUGUGCACCGUGCGUGAAAGCGGAAAAAUAGACGCACUGUGCAGAAAAACAAAAAAAAACUUGAUUUUUUUUGCACUGUGCGAUCAUAAAACCUUGCAGAAUUUACGACACGGUUCAAAAACUUGGCGAUGAAACGGUGCAAGGAUUGCACCGUGCAAAAGGUCAAAAAAUACUUUACGCACCGUGCACAAAAAUUAAUAUCUUUAAGCCAUCUUGAGCCACUAUGUACAAUGUUUUGGCCAAGUCAGUAAAUUUGUCAUAAAUCCGUCAUCAUGACAUAUUUUUCAAAAGUAUUUUACAAAGGGGUUCAAGGUAUUAUUUUUACUCAAAAAAUGGCAUAGUAAAAUUCUACCGUCACCCCCGGUCUAAAUUAUGGCGAAUCGUCUUUUCAAUUGCAGGUAACCAACGACACCCGUUGCUUGGGAUACGACGCAAACCACUGCAUUUAUUUUUACAAACGCUUCAGCAGCCUCGGAGAUCUCAAUGAGAACAGAGACGACGCGCAAUUUACAAACUUUUAUCGAAAAGAUUUACUGUCCAGGAAUGAGCCGGAACUAUUGUUUCGACUGGACGGCCCAUUCCACGUCCACUCGAUGAGCGUCUCCAACAAUAAACUCUUUAUAUUGUACAAUGUGAUAACCAACAGGCACUCGGAUUCGACCCUGCUCUGUUACGAUCUUCGCACUGGCCGCCGCAAUGCACUGACCAUUUCGCCGUACGUCAAUUAUGUGAGUUCCUUUUUGGGAGCCGUGCUUUUUGAUUUUCCGCACUGUGCGGUAAAAAUUUUUGAUAAAAUUGGCGAUCGCGUUGUGUAAAAAAGUGAUAGGGUUGUGAACAUCGCAUCGUUUUUUGACUAUCACAAGAUUUUUUAUGAGCUUUCACAGUGCAGCAAGAUCGAGUUUUUUUCUGACCGUACGGUGCAAAAGCAAUUUUGAUCCCAUUGCACAGUGCCGAAAUGUGUUUAAGUUUAAAAUGACUAUGUCAUUAACCGAUGAAGUCAUUCUACCUAUGAAUAAAUUUUUUUCGACCUGACUAGGCCACACGCUGCGAUGAAGCCGCAGAUUUUUUCUGACCGCACAGUGCAAAAGAAAUUUAUCGCAUUGCACGGUGCAGACAUGCGUUCAGGGUAAAAAUGAAUAUGUGGUGAACUGACGACGUCAUUCUACUUGUCAAUAAACCAUUUCAAUAAAACGGGGCCGCACAGUUGAAUGAAAAAAUCUUUUUUUUUAUUGCAGAGUGCAAAAGACUUCUCAAUUUCAGAAACAAUCGAUGAUCUCGCAUGGGAACACUUUUCUGUGCUCCCGCCUUUUCGUCCAAGACAUCCUGCUCUACACAAUCACCGAAAACGGGUUUGAGGAGCGCGUCGUGCAGUGUUACCGAAGGCAGCAACUGAACAAGGACACCCAUAUUAUAAUUCAGAAGGAAGGCGAGAAAUUGGCCGUCAAGGUGGGUUCUAAAAGACGCCAAUAGUUUGGGGAGUCUCGUGUUGUUCAUGUCACAUUUUAGACCAUGUCCAUCAUCGAGGAUGAGCCCGUCUUCCGCUUUGUCCAGUAUUGCCAUGCGAUGUGCGCGUUCGGCCGAAUAAGCAACAACUUUUUCUGGGUUUUCGAGCGGAAAAAACGUUGCUUUUGGUAUCAGGAAGGUCCAACAUGCAAGUUUGUUCGCCUCAUUUUUGUUAUGCCAAGACCUUGGUAGCUUUGCAUUCUGCACUGUGCAAUCCCAAAAAACCUUCAAUUUCAUUUUUGCACUGUGCAGUACACAAUGUUUUUGUUUUUAUUUUAUUGCACCGUGCGGACUCAAAAAAAAGCUGGACGGUCGUUCAAACUAAUUAACUUUUUCAUCUAAUUUCGUAUAAAAACUUUUCUUCUCUGCAAAGCGUCCAAAUUUUUUGAAAUUUUUCGGCCGCACUGCGCGAACAAAUGACCUUUCGUUGUUUCUCCGGCUGCACAGUGCAAACUGAUCAUGAGAUUUUAUUUUUUUGCAGAUUGAUUUUAUUACGAAAAAGUUUUUUUCCAAGUCUUUGCAUCAUUUUGAAUGUUUCAGUCGCCCCAUACCUUUUGCAUUCGGACAGCCAACCAACAAGAAUAACCGGAUAUCGUGUGCAGCAGACACUGAAAAACGAGUUUUAUUUGUUGUAA